CGGCAGGCAUCACCGGGGGAGACAGCUGAGAGCUAGCUGAGAGAGAAGCUCGGUCACUUCUGCAGAGUUCAUUUUAUUGCCGCUGCGCCUCCAGUUUACCACAGUCAGACAACAACAAAAGAAAGCCGUCCCUCGCCCUGACAGCUCACGGCGCAGUCUCACAUUAACGGACGGCGCGUUUUGUUUUAUUCAGGAACUCAGAGACACUGAACAGUUUAAAAGAUGACGACUUCGUGGAGUGACAGAUUGCAAAAUUACGCAGACCUGCCUGCCAACAUGGACGGCCUGGCUAUGAAAAAGUACAGGAGGGAGCCGUACCACAGGAUUUUUGUCAAUAGAAGCUUGGCAAUGGAGAAAAUCAAAUGCUUCGGCUUUGACAUGGAUUACACUUUAGCAGUCUACAAGUCGCCUGAGUACGAGGCGCUGGGCUUUGAGCUGACGGUGGAGCGGCUGGUGUCCAUCGGUUAUCCCCAAGAGCUGCUCAGCUUCGUCUACGAUCCAUCAUUUCCCACCAGAGGCCUUGUGUUUGAUACCAUGUAUGGAAACUUGCUGAAGGUUGACGCUUAUGGUAAUAUCCUGGUCUGUGCCCAUGGAUUUAAUUUCUUUCGAGGCCCUGAUAUACGUGAACGAUAUCCGAACAAGUUUAUCCAGCGGGAUGACACAGAGCGUUUUUAUAUCCUUAACACACUCUUCAACCUUCCAGAAACCUACCUUUUUGCUUGUCUUGUGGAUUUUUUCUCAAACUGUGACAGAUACACAAGCUGUGAAUCGGGCUUUAAAAAUGGGGACCUCUUCAUGUCCUACAAGAGCAUGUUCCAGGACGUCCGGGACGCGGUGGACUGGGUUCACUUCAAGGGAACCCUGAAGGAGAAAACGGUAGAGAACCUGGAGAAGUAUGUGGUGAAAGAUGGGAAACUCCCACUUCUCCUGAGCCGAAUGAAUGAAGUAGCCAAAGUUUUCCUGGCUACUAACAGCGACUACAAAUACACAGAUAAAAUUAUGAGUUACCUGUUUGACUUCCCUCAUGGCCCCAAGCCUGGUACUUCUCACCGGCCCUGGCAGUCUUACUUUGACUUGAUCUUGGUGGAUGCCAGAAAGCCUCUCUUCUUCGGGGAGGGAACCGUCCUCAGACAGGUCGACACGACCACAGGACGCUUAAAGAUAGGCACCUACACAGGACCUCUGCAGCAUGGGAUCGUGUACUCGGGAGGCUCCUCAGACAUUGUGUGUGACCUUCUGGGGGCCAAAGGGAAGGACAUUUUGUACAUCGGGGACCAUAUAUUUGGAGACAUCCUCAAGUCUAAGAAGCGUCAGGGAUGGAGAACGUUCCUGGUUAUCCCAGAGCUGGCCCAGGAGCUGCACGUGUGGACCGACAAAAGCUCACUAUUCGAGGAACUUCAGGGCUUGGACAUUUUCUUGGCAGAGCUUUACAAACAUCUGGACAGCAGCAGCAACGAGAGGCCUGAUAUCAGCACCAUUCAGAGAAGAGUCAAGAAAGUCACGCAUGACAUGGACAUGUGCUACGGCAUGAUGGGUAGCCUUUUCCGCAGCGGCUCCAGACAGACUCUCUUUGCCUCCCAGGUGAUGCGUUACGCUGACCUGUAUGCCGCCUCCUUCAUCAACCUGCUGUAUUACCCCUUCAGCUACCUGUUCAGAGCCGCACACGUCCUG